AUGGAAUCACAAAGCAUUGAUAGAUCACCAUCGCACUCACUUAACCAGAGGCUACUGAAUUCACCUCUAAUGGCAUGCAUAGCAGGUGCAGCCAUUCUAUGGGUCUCAUUCGGCAUACGACAGACAGUAGGCGUGUUCUUGAUACCAAUUACAGCAGAUACAGGCUGGGACAGAUCCACCUUCUCCAUCGCAGCUGCAUUAUUGCAAUUACUGUGGGGUUUUUCGCAGCCAUUCUUGGUUUAUCUAGCAGAACGCAAAAUAGGCUUUGGCAAAGGCAUAUUUGUCGCAUGUGUGUUUUACGCAGUUGGAUGCUUUAUACUGUACGCUUCCAAUCGUUCAUCGGGUCUAUUUAUUUUUGCGCUGGGUGUUCUGAUAGGCGUGUCGUGUGGAGGUAAUAGUUUUCCAGUCGUCCUGGCUUCCAUCGGUAGACGGUUUCCACAAAACUCAAAGUAUCAGAGUAUUGCGUUUGGUGUCGUAAGCAGCUUUGGCAGUUUUGGUCAGUGUUGCUUCUUGCCCAUUGCUAGAGCGAUGUUGACAUCGAUUGGCUGGAGAAUGUCGUUCAUUGUAAUGGGUAUAAUUAUGCUGGCCUUGUCACCACUAGCUUACUUCUUACAAACUGUGCCACCUAAACCUGCUGAACCAGUGACAGCAACUGCAGUGUCAGAUCAAAACAAGAACAACACCAUUGAUGAAGAAAAGAAUCCCGCUGAAAUCAUUGAGCAUGAUGCCGAAGAAGCCAAAGAUCGCCCUAUGGAGGACAUUUCAGCCCCUGACAUUCAAACUGCACUCAAGGAAGCAUUCACAAAUCCCACAUUUAUCUUUAUCACAUUGGGAUUCAGUGUCUGUGGAUUCCAUAUUGCAUUCUUAUCCACACAUUUCCCUGCAUAUUUGCAAGACAAUGGUAUUGACCCAUCAUUAGCAGCAUGGACCAUUUCUAUCAUUGGUUUAUGCUCCAUGCUUGGCACCAUUCUCACAGGCUACUUGGCAUCCAUUAUCAGUCCCCGUCUGGUGCUCAUGGGCAUCUACGGUCUUCGCGCCGUCUUUCUAAUCAUUGUCAUCUUUGUUCCAAUUUCAGUAACCACAGUGGUUGUUUUCGCCGUCUUUUUUGGAUUCUUGUGGCUGUCAACUGUUCCUCCUACCACUCGAUUUGUGAACCAGGUGUUUGGGCAAAAGUACCUGGGUACAUUGACGUCCAUUACAUUUGGUGCUUACGUUGCUGGUAUUCUUUAUGACAAGUACCAUCGCUACGAUAGAAUGUGGUACGGUAGCAUUGCAGUUGCCAUCUUUGCUGUGAUUGCCAAUUUCAUGGCUGGCGUUGAACCGAUGAACGAGAGACGCAUAAGGAAGAGCAAUGCUGCCAUUCUGAACAACAAGUAA